GUCUGGCAUCGUUUAUCUCAUUCCUUUGGCUAUCCCCGAGCUUCUUUUUCAGAAUAAUUUUUCUUCUCGCACUCGUUUAACUUAUUGCGUAUUUGUGAAAGAUAAAAAAUAUUAAAAUUAAUAAUUAUAUUUUUUGAAUCAUGGCAUCGAUUGGCAAAAAAAAUGAACACAUCGAAAUCGCAUCCGACUUAGCCGUACCCGUAAAUAAUGGUGAACGUUUUCCGCCAAUUCCACUUCCUCCGCCGGAGAAUUUGACCAAUACCAUGGCUACAUCUGCAGCAGCUGGGGGGGAGCAAGGAGGCCGAGCCCCCCUUUUGGAAAACGGAGUCUCCGAAACCGAUCACACCUUUGCUGACAAAAGCCUAGUCUUUAAUGAUCAAACUAUUCGAAAGGGCUUCAUCCGAAAGGUUUUCGGCAUUGUCCUGGUACAACUACUGUUCACCUGUGGCAUCAUGGCCUUCUUUGUUUUCCAUCGACCCACAAAGAAGUUCGUCCAGAAUCAUCCCGAGAUAAUGCUGGUGGCCGCAAUUAUUAACAUUAUUGUCCUGAUCAUGAUCAGCUGCUUCGAAAUGUUCCGCCGCCGGCAUCCUGUCAAUUUGAUUUGCCUAUCCAUUUACACCUUCACCAUGGCCGUGCUUUUGGGAGUCGCGUCCAGCUUCAUGGACGCCAACGUUGUACUCGCCGGGGUGGGAAUAACAGCACUACUGGUGACCGUACUUGCCCUGUACGCGAUUCAAACUAAAUACGAUUACACCGCAGCUGGGGGAGUCAUUAUAACUAUAGUAGUCGGUUUCAUUGUCAUUGCGUCGAUGGAGAUUUGGAUACCAAGUCUGGUUACGAACCUUCCAAUCGCCUGCUUGAUGGCCAUAUUCUCCUGCUUCUUCCUAAUCUACGAUCUGCAGUUGAUUAUCGGCGGCAAUCACAUGUACUCGUUCGAUCCGGAGGAAUACGUGUUUGCCGCCCUCACACUGUACGUUGACAUCGUCCGUAUUCUCAUCUACGUACUAAGGAUUCUCCAAAGAUUAAACUAGAGCUUUUGGUUCCAGUUUUUAUACAUAAAUGUAUUCCUUUAACAUGCAUUUUUAUUUCAACCUUAAGGUGCCAAGUGUCACGAAAAAGAGUGAUUACAUUAAAUGUAAAAGCGUCAUAACUUGAUAGCCGAUGAUCAAAGCCGAAAAUCAAAAACAGAAUUUUAUACUAUUUGUAAUUCAGAAUUUUAUUAUAUUAACUUAGGUUUUUGGCUCAUCUCGGUCUAAAAUAUUACAUUACUUUUAUGUUUAUAUGUUUAUAUGCUGUAUAUGCGUGUGUUGUGUGAGUAACUAUUAAAUAAAAUCACAAAAUGUA